GUCGUUCUCAUGGUAACCACCGUAAACACAGCCGUUUUUCUCUCUGCCUCCUCCUUGUGCUUACUCUUGCUGGUCUCUGCUCUGCCGCGGCUCCAAAGCAGGCGAAAAUGGCAGGGUCGACUUACAGCGAGGACCGCUACUAUGCAAAAAUAGCGUCUAUUCAGCAAAACAUGCGUAAGAGUGAGAAGCGCAGACUGGAGCUGGAGAGGGAGCUGUUUGCUUACUCCAGGUCAGACGCAAGAAUCUUGCAGAUAAAGUGUUCCAAACUGCGCAGCUAUCUCAAAGAAAUCUGUGGCAGGGAAGCACAAGCGAAAAUGAGAAACCUUCAGCUUAAGAGAGAUGUGGAGUGCAUGGAAAUUAGCAUGAAGGAGUACAGUUCUGACCAUGGAACCCUGCAACAACAAAAGGCUGACUUCUUGGAAAGGAUUUCCAGAUUCACUGAAGCGAGCAGCAAGACAGAGGAGCUGGAAGAAGCAAAGAUUAAAGCUGUGCAAAGACGACAGUGGGACAACAGGAAGAACUUUAAGCAAGUGGAAAUUUUUAUGGACUACCAGACCUCCAGGGGCUAUGAUGCUGAAGCUGGCACCACAAGUGUACACUCACACCAAGCAUUGCAGCGUUCGCCCAAUCGCAGCGUUCAGCCGUGCGAACGUCUACCGAGUGGCCUUUUGAAGGACUUCAGAGUUGGCGGAGAGGAUGCCGCCAGUAAGCGAGCGCAUUUAUCAGAUGACAUUUCAAGCUCAAACGAUUCCCCUGACGGCUGUAAUUUGAGUGACAAACAUGAAAGAGUGUCGGAGCAGCUCCCAUCUGCUCGUGCCUCAACAGCGGCAGCUGGUUGUGUGGCUUCUGCAAGUGAUGAUGAACGAGAAGCUUCACCUCCGGUGACCUUGAUGAGGUCUGAGAAGAAUCCAUUUUCCAGCAACGGUAACCCUGCGAUGGCUAAGAAUCCCGCUACAGAACCCACUGACUCCCAAGAGGUGGCUCGCAAGCCUCUCAUAAUGGGAGAUGAAGAGAGGGGUCUUAGCCAUUUGAAGCCUGAAACCACUUUCAGAAAAGGAGCUCAAGAGACAUCAGGAAAAUGUGAGAGUGUUGGAGAAUCAUGCUCAGACGUGCAACUGUCAGAGAGCAGUUCCAGUGACCUGACAAUUUCUUUGACACAAUCGGAGCUCGAGGAGGAUUUACCAGUGGAGGCAGCAUCAGAGAGAAAUGCCUCUUGCAGAGGAAGUGGUGAUCACAAACAGCAUCAUCCUGAUUCAUCCCCCCACUCUGAUGGGUCUAAGAACACAGAAUGGUUAAACAGUGAAUCCUCAACACCGGGGGUGACUUUGAAAAGCCUCUCCCUGGAAGGACUCUUUAAUCUGCUAGACAGCAUCGAAGGGCGACUCCACGGCGGGCAGAGCCACGUGUACAGAGAUUCCUCAAUAGAUGGGAGACAACUCAAUAGGAUUAUCAGCCUUUGUGACGAUGGAGCGGGCUUGAUUGAUGAGGACCUUGAAGCAUGUGGAACUGUCGUCCUUCAUGAGCUUCGGAGGUUGUCAUGGAGCACGGAGAAGGGCUGCGUGCUACCACAGGAGCUGGUGAGAGCGCAUCAGUCUAACACUGAGCCUAAUGAAAUAAGCACCAACCUCCCUCCCAAUGCGGCUCGGCUGUGGGAUCGCUGGUUCAAGCACGCCCUUGUGCUCAAGGAGAGCCGUGUCCUCAGCACUGAACGGCUGGUCCAACUGUUUACACCGCUUCUGCUGGAGCGUGAUGCCAACUACAGCCAGCAGGCCAAAGUGUUGCUGAGGGCACUUCUCUCCCGGUCCAGUGAGGAGGGCCCCUCAGCAGAGGAUGAGAGUGACUCUUCUUCUUUGUGCAAUAAUUCCUCUGCGUUGGCUGACGUAGACGUGGAGCCCCCCCGAUCGGUACGCCCGCAAAACAUUCAAGAACUACAAAGCACUGAAGAGGACAGCCAGGACAAAAGCCUGGUGGAAAGUGGUCCUAUUAGAGAGACAAAAGCAUAUCAGUUACUUAAACAGUCAGCCAUGCAGAAAAGACUGCCGAGUUCUGAAGAGGAGGAGGAGGAAAGCAGCUUUUCGGGAAUAAAUCAUGGCCAUGAAGAGGACCUGGGGAGGGCCAAACGCUCCUCACAUCAAGACCCUUACCCUCGGAAAGGAAGUUCAAAGGUUUAUUCUGCUUUGCAAACAAAAGACUUUUGGCAGGAAUCUGAUGACAGCGACUUCGAGAUUGAAGCAGCCCUACGUCCUCCGACUAUCAGCGCAAACAGUGAUGGCACCGAUGACUUUUAUCAUUGAUAUUUCUGCAGUGCUCCGUAUUAUAUCAGUGUGAGACAUGUGGCAGAUCGGCUCUUAGUUAUUCACCCCCUGACCAUACUUUUAUUGGACUGCAUUCUAAAUCAUAUGCACAGCAUAUUGUAAAAACAAAUAAUAAAGUUGACAGCUCUCACGCUGGAUAAAGUAUGUGAAGAGUUGUCCAACACUCUGAUGUUAACCCCGCUUCAGUCUCUUUAUCUGAACAACUCUCCCGGCUCAUAAUAACAGCUCGAAAUAGAUUAAACUGAUCUUUUAAAGCGAUUUGUUUGCACUGGGAUGAAAAUCCUGCAUUUCGAAUGCUGCAAGCAUCUCAGAGUGCUCUACUUGCAGCAAGCUGGAGUGUAGUGAUGUGAGUCACCUGUGAAAUGACAAAGCACAAUGGCCACUCUGCUCGCUCCGGUGUGACCCGUGAACCCGCUGAAGAGGCUCAUCUCUCAGGGCACAAAGUGUAGCAGCCCUAGCAAACUCAGAACAUUUAGAGACCCCAACAAAUGCUCUAAACAUUUUCUUAGGGCCAGAACAAAUUUGUGAACUGAAAGUACAAAGAUAUGGUUAAAAUCUCUCCCUUUUAGUGUGCUAAUGACUCAUGAGUAGCUGAAAUUAUGCUUAUAUUGCAAAAUAGUCUUCUGUAAUUUAGGAUUUUCCAGCACAUUGAACAUCCUGUGUCUAUUAUUAACUGUGUGGGAGGCUACAUUCCAAGGUUUACAUUUAUAAUUCAUUAUUUCUGCCGUGUAAAAUUUCCAAGCUGAGAUGUGGUAAAAGCCCCCUGGCACAUAGUGUCAGCAGGAUUCCAUUAGUCAGCUUUUGGUGACUUUAUAUGCCUGAACCUUUCAAAGUAGGACUCCACAUUCAUUACCAAUAAUGGCUUCAGUCGGCCCUGACCCAGCACAGGAAAGGGAAUGGGGCAGAGCAAUUUACAGUUUGCUAAAAGGUUCCCUAACAUAAUAUCCAGUUAAGGAGCAUGUCAACAGAUACUUGUGUGCGACUGAUGGCUCAUGGUGAAAGUGGAGUUAUAUUGUACUAAUGUGUACUAACAGGAAUAUUUUUUAUGAAGAUCUUCUUUGAGUCUGUGCCACUGAGACAAUUGGGAUGCUAUUCAUAUCAUUUCUUUCACUCUGUUAUUGGUGUAAGUACUUGUUGCAGUUACAAAUGGGAUUUCAGACUCGGGUUGUCAAUGGAUGGAGCUCGUCUCUUAUACUUGUUUGGUUUUAUCAAAGCAACUCAUGUUUUUCAUUGACAUUUUUGCCUACAUCGCCACUCUGAGGUUUACAUAAAUUCAUUGUUGCCAUUAAUGCCUUUAACGUGGGACCCUAAAUGAUUCGAACUGUCCUUUUAUGCAAUAAUAUAACUUAAUAUUCUUUCAUUUAAUUUUAAAACUAUCAAUUUGAUGUAUAGGCUUGAGUUUAUUUAGAAUUUUAUCUAAACUUGGGUCAAAAUCAUAAGCACAAGCUCAACCAUGCAAACACCCCACUCACGUUUUGUUAAAUGCUUUUGGGCAGGUUACAUAGAGACACACACUUUUGAUAGUGUGUCUCUAUGUACUCCAGUCUUUGAGCUGGGAUAAUUCUGACUGAAUGUUUGCCUAUUUUCAUAAUUAUAAAUAGUAUAGGCCAUUAAAACUGGUUCCUGUCCAGGCACAUACCUGGCUUUAAAGCAAAGUUCAUGCAUUUAAGUCUUGUUCAGGUUGAGGCAUGUAAAAAUGUGUGAUUCAUAUCCUUGGAGACUUUGCUAAAAUAUGUAAACAGAAACAAGGGCAAUUCGCUACUAUGAUUGAUCCCUCACUCAAAUGUUAGUUUUUUAGAAUUUGAAUAAUUUCCUCAGAGAGAAAUACAAAUACAUUCACAUAAUGGCCCAAAAACCUUUUUUUUUUUAAAAGGCUAAGAGACCUGUUCAUUUAUUUCCUCACUUUGGGUCAAUGUCUUUCACAUAGCCCUCCAAAUUACCAUUGAUAAAGGAAACAUGUAUCGCUAGGGAAAAUAAAAUAAGGCAACAUUGUGCAAAUUUGAAGCUGUUUGAUGGUGUAGCUACACCUACUGUUAUAUGUGGGAACCAGGAAAUGUUUUCUAAAUACAAAUAUUUUAGAAUCCUUUUAAAAACUGAAAUGCUGACAUGUAAUAUUAUGACACAGAUUGGUAACUUUUAAUUUUGUAUUAUCCUUAAAAAGAAUCGUUGACUGUAGGUGGGGAAGGUGAAAGCCAAAGAAUGUAUGUGGCUGUUGUUGCUUCUUGUAGUUUUUGCUAAAUGUAGUAAUUCUUGUUAAGUUUGAAAAGUAUUUUUACAAGAAAAAAAACAGUAUUUUUGAGAGUGAUUUAUUGUAAUUAACACAACGUUUUUGUAAUUGUAAAGUGGAAGGAUAUUUUUUAAUUUUUACAAAUAAAAACUUGAAAAGUC